AUGAACAUGGCAUCUGAGCAAACAGCCCUGAUAAACAAUGCCGUAGCAGAUUUUGACCCUCCCAAGAAACCUAAAAGGAUCACUUAUGCUCUGGCUUGUUCUAUUUUGGCCUCCAUGACUUCCAUCUUGCUUGGUUAUGAUACUGGAGUCAUGAGUGGAGCAGUUAUCUACAUAAGGAGAGACCUACACAUAUCGGACGUGCAAGUGGAAAUCUUGAUCGGAAUUAUCAACCUCUACUCUCUCAUAGGCUCCUUCCUCGCCGGAAGAACCUCUGAUUGGAUCGGCCGGCGUUAUACCAUCGUACUUGCCGGAGCUUUCUUCUUCGCCGGUGCUAUUCUCAUGGGCUUCUCCCCAAACUACACCUUCCUCAUGUUCGGCCGUUUCAUCGCCGGCAUCGGCGUCGGUUACGCCCUCAUGAUCGCCCCCGUCUACACGGCCGAAGUGUCCCCCGCAUCCUGUCGUGGCUUGCUCACUUCCUUUCCUGAGGUUUUCAUCAACACCGGGAUUUUGCUUGGAUACGUCUCGAACUUAGCAUUUUCGAAGCUACCACUUCGGCUUGGCUGGAGGCUCAUGCUCGGAGUCGGAGUCGUUCCUUCAUUGUUGAUCUCAUUCGGAGUGUUGGUCAUGCCGGAGUCCCCCCGAUGGCUCGUGAUGAGGGGUCGGCUGGGCGAAGCGCGGCGAGUCCUUGACAAAACUUCUGAUUCCGAAGAAGAAGCUCGGCUAAGACUGGCCGACAUCAAGUCAGCGGCAGGGAUCCCGGGGAUUUACGACGACGACGACAACGACGUCGUUCAAGCGAGCAAGCAAAGCACGGGCAAGGGCGUAUGGAAGGAGAUGUUGAUUCAUCCUUCACCGGCCGUUCGUCACAUCGUCGUCGCUGCCCUCGGCAUCCACUUCUUUCAACAAGCCAUUGGUUUAGACUCCGUCGUUUUGUACAGCCCCACCAUAUUCCAAAAGGCCGGCAUCGCAUCCGAUAACCAAAAGCUUGUCGCAACUGUAGCCGUCGGAUUCACAAAGACAAUCUUCAUCUUGGUGGCCACCUUCUUUUUGGAUCGGGUCGGGCGACGCCCGUUGUUGCUGACUAGUUUCGGAGGUAUCAUAAUAUCCCUUCUUACUCUAGCCACGUGCCUUACAAUCAUUGGCCGUUCAGAUACCAAAGUGAUGUGGGCCGUUGGAUUAAGCAUCACAGCGGUGCUGACCUCCGUCGCGACGUUCUCGAUUGGAGCGGGUCCAAUCACGUGGGUUUACAGCACAGAGAUCCUUCCUUUGAGGCUACGCGCUCAGGGUGCGGCUAUGGGAGUUGUGGUGAAUAGAAUCAUGAGUGGGGUCAUCUCAAUGACAUUUUUAUCCUUAUCGAAGGCCAUGACUAUUGGGGGGGCCUUCUUUCUGUAUGCGGCCGUGGCGGUCGUUGGAUGGAUCUUUUUCUACACUAUGCUCCCAGAAACACAGGGCAAAACCCUCGAGGAAAUGGAAGGGUCUUUUGGUAAAUGCAGAGAAAAGUCUAACACCAACGUAAACUAAAGCACCAACGCUGAAAUUAUGAGGACAAUAUCAAUGCGAUGUGAACUUAAGAUUUGAUGAAUUAUCAGCGCACGAGCAACGCUAAGAAUUUUAUGUAUUUCCUAUUCCUGAAAAAAAAGAAAAAGAAGUCAAUGCCAAAAUUAGCAAAGGAGUUUUUUGUUUU